AUGUUUCCGGUGAACAGAAGCAAUGCUCUUUUAUCGAUCCUGAGCCAAACCAAAGCACUGCACCAUGCUCAACAGGUUCACGCCAAGGUUAUAGUUCAUGGAUUCGAGGAACAAGUUGUUCUCGGAUCGAGUGUCACUAACGCUUAUAUCCAAUCGAAUCGUCUCGAUUUCGCUGCUGCUUCUUUCGAUCGGAUCCCUUCCUGGAAGAGGAAUCGGUAUUCAUGGAAUACGAUUCUCUCUGGUUACUCCAAAUACAAAGGUUAUGAUGAAACCUUAGGUCUUUACAACCACAUGAGGAGGAAUUGUGAUGGCGUCGACAGUUUCAAUUUGGUGUUUGCGAUCAAAGCUUGUGUGGGUUUAAGGCUUUUAGAAAAUGGGAUGCUGAUUCAUGGCUUGGCGAUGAAGUAUGGGUUGGAUAAGGAUGAUUAUGUUGCUCCGUCCUUGGUUGAGAUGUACGCACAGUUCGGUACUAUGGAAAGCGCGCAGAAAGUGUUCGACGAAAUUCCGGUGAGAAACUCUGUUCUUUGGGGAGUUCUGAUGAAAGGAUAUUUAAAAUUUUCAAAGGACCCAGAAGUAUUUCGUUUGUUCUAUCACAUGAGAGAGACAGGUUCAGCUCUCGAUGCGCUUACGUUGAUAUGUUUGGUAAAGGCUUGUGGGAAUAUUUUUGCUGGUAAAGAAGGGAGAUCAGUGCAUGGAUUAUCCAUUAGAAGGAGCUUUAUAGAUCAGAGUGGUUAUUUACAAGCUUCCAUCGUAGAUAUGUAUGUGAAAUGCAGAUUGUUUGACGAUGCCCGAAAACUAUUUGAAACAAGUGCUGACAGGAAUGUAGUAAUGUGGACUACGCUGAUUUCUGGGUUUGCAAAGUGUGAGAGAGCUGCUGAAGCGUUUGAUCUCACCAAGAUCAAAAGAUGGAGAUUUGAAGGCUCUAUGAUCAACCGGAAAAGAAAACCCAUGAUGAAGAUGAGGAUUGAUGAGAGGUUGGAGUUGUACGAGCUGGUGGCUGCUGCAGUCAAAGCUGCAGUCAUGAGAUUGCGGUGA